AUGCCAUACCGAGAUAUUCGUAUUCAACUCAUUCCUAUUGAAUGGCAUAAACAUAUUCAUGAACAAACAGACGAAUCUUUGAAUAAUAUUAGUCUCAAAAAUAUUCCUGGUAUGCGUUUGGUUGGUAACGAUUAUAUUAUGGACGGUCUUUAUUAUCUUGCUAAAGAUAGACAACAAACUAUUAUUACCCAUGUCACACGUACUUUUAACGAAGCAUAUCAUGAAUUUAUUGAUUCUCAUCCUACUUUUCAAGGUUUGAUUACUUGGGAUAUAUUAGCUCAUCAACGUUCAAUCACUACUAUGGAAGAACAAGCUCAACUCGAUAAAUUAGACCUGAACGUACCUCAUUUAGAUUUCAAACCUCAAUUUUUAUUUGGUGUGGGUUGUCCAUUAGGUGCUUUCCUUAAUAUUCGUAAUCAAGAUCCAAAACUAUAUUGUCCUGAUUCCUCUACCGUUUUUGAAAAUAUUUAUCAUCCUUGUGAUCCUUUGGCUUAUCGCGUGGAACCAUUAUAUCAUCCUGAAUGUCGACAUCAUGAUAGUGUUCAAGUAGAAUCUGCCAUACCGAAUGAUGCAUCAACACCUAUAUUCUCAUCUCUGACCGAUUGGGUAACUUCAUGGUUCAAACGAUCAAAUGAAAAACUUCAAGAUGAUAUUCAAGUUUCAAGUACCCCUCAGUCUCCCAAAAAAUCAAGUAUCAAAGCAAGUAAUAUGCCACCUGUUAGUCAAUUGUCUAUGCCGACCAUGAAUGAUCCCAAUAUGUUAUAUCGUCGUCGACAAAGUCAGAUCUAUGAUUCGCCACAAUCUUGGAUGAUGGAAAAGAAGAAACGACGUCAAUCCUUACCCAACCUUCAUCGAUCUCCUCGUAUUUCGUCUUUGGAAGAAGAUACCAUGUUAUUGCAAAGUUUACCAGGGAGUCGUCGAGUGGAUUAUGCAUUACAACCUGGUCCCAUGUUUGGUGGCAUGAUUUCAAAUCAAUAUCUUCUUGGUCUUCAAGCUCACUUUUCUUAUUGGAACAACAAGGAUAUGUUAUGGCAUAUGGUGGAUCAAUUGGAUAAUGCUAUUCAUUAG